UUGAAAUAAAUACUUUCUCUCUUACGUAUUUUUUAUGCCAUUUCUAAAAAUUUCAUCUUUUAAUUUUAAUGAUUCACCCAGUAUUUAUAUUAGUUUAAUAUUAUUAAUAAUAUUAACAAUGACAAAACAAUAAUAUUUAUAACUUUGUUUUCAUUUAUGUUACAUCAGCUUUAAUAUGUUUUUGGUUAGGUGUGUAUGUAUAUGCCAAUGUCAAGUAAAUACGCGUUGCGUUGUUUGAUGCACGUGUUUAAUCACAGCGUAAGAAAUAUAAAUAAAAACUAUAAAAAGUGGUCAAUCUUUGACAUAUAAUGGCUAAUAGUAAUUCUACAAAUGUCCCUCAGAUACAAAUAAGGUUUAUUACUAAACAGGAACAAUUUGCUGUUCCAGAUUAUCCUUUGUCAGUACUUACAUCUAUUACAACAAAUGAAUUAAACAGUCUUGUAAAUGAAUUUUUAAAAGAGUCUCAUCAGUUAGAAAAAGAAAUAGAUUUUGAUUUCUUAAUCUUCUCACAAUUUUUACGUAGUACAUUAUCUGAGCAUAUAUCUGAAAAGAGUCUUUCUAUUGAACAAGUCAUAGACAUUGAAUAUAUCGAAAAACAUCAGUCACCCGAACCACAGAAUUGUCUUAUUCAUGAUGAUUGGGUUUCGGCAGUAGCUGUAUGUCAAAAAUGGAUAUUGACAGGUUGUUAUGAUAAUACAUUGCAUAUAUGGACAUCUAAAGCAAAACAUCAACUUGUAAUACCUGGACAUACAUCUCCUAUUAAAGCAGUAGCAUGGGUAUCUUUAAAUGAAACCAAUGGAAAAUUUAUUAGUGCAUCACAUGAUCAAACAGCUAUAAUAUGGGAUUGGAAUAUCAAAACUAAUUCUGUAGAUUGCAUCCAUGUGUGUAAAGGACACGAACGCGGAUUAGAAGCAAUUGGUGUAAAUUAUGACAAAUCAUUAAUGGCGACAGGAUCAUGGGAUACAAUGUUAAAAAUUUGGUCAACCUCUUCACAAAAUGAAACAGAAGAUGGUGAACCUAAUGCAAAAAAAUUAAAAGCAGAUUAUGGAAAAAUAAUAGUACCUAAAAGAACAAUGAAAGGUCACAAGGAAGCUAUCAGUGGUAUUGUAUGGUCAGAUAAAACAGAGCUUAUAACAUCAUCAUGGGAUCAUACUUUGAAAAUAUGGGAUUCUGAAUUAGGUGGAAUGAAACAUGAAAUUAUGGGAAAUAAAAGUUUUUUUGAUAUUGAUUACUCAGAAUUAUCUCGGACUGUUAUAACAGCAUCUGCUGAUAAGCAUGUCAGAUUAUAUGAUCCUAGAUCAACAGAAGGAGCAGUUGUAAAAGCUAUGUUUACUUCACAUACACAAUGGGUACAAACUGUUCGCUGGUCAAAUGUAGAUCAUCAUUUAUUCCUUUCAGGAGCAUAUGAUAAUGAAGUGAAACUUUGGGAUACUAGAAGUCCUAAAGCACCCCUUUUUGAUCUUUCUGGACAUGAAGAUAAAGUUCUGUGUUGUAACUGGUCAAAUCCUAAACUAAUAGUAUCAGGUGGUGCUGAUAAUACUGUAAGGAUAUUUAAAUCAAAGCAAUUCGUGCAUUGAUUGUACUUUUAUCUUGUACAAUUUUAAAUAUAUGAAAAUAUUCUACA